AUGCACACCCCUUGUGACCCUGAUCUAAAGCCCCAACAAUCUCCGAGUGCAGGUGAGUCCAGUUUUGACAAUCCAGAGGUGGAACCAUCAGACCUCUGUGCCACUUCGGCUGUGCAAGGCUCCUUUAGCACUCUGGAAAUCGAGCCUCCCGCGACUUUGGACCCCACGGUUUUUUUUGAGGAGUUUGCUUCCCAAUACCGGCGCCGUCAGCAGGCUGAGGCCCAGAAACGCAAUUUAGAACACCGCUUACUUGCCACCAAGGCCUCAAUAUGCCUAUCAUCCAGGCUUCUAAGGACAAGUGCCACCGUCCAGAAGGGACUAGUCGAAGCCUUCCGGCAUGGAGACAAACCAGGCUUUAUUUCAGUAUACAAUGCAAUUUAUGACAUUCAUGAAGCUUGUGAAGCUUCCUCUCGCCGCUCCUUACUUCCACAAGGCCCCUCGGAGGAUCCCACCUCUUCUUUGCAUCCGCAAAGAAAUCGUUCCUCGGGUUUUAUGCAUCAACUCAGUCUCCAGUGUAGGAAGGACCUUCUAGAAAUCUUGAAUCUAGUCCGGACAGAUUCGCAAUUCCUUGUUGAUCGCAUCACUAGUCUAUCGCCUACCCAGCUCUCGGCCUUGACUUCUACUGUUGUGUGUUCUGGCCAUGACGACUUGUUUUUAUCUCUUUCUUCUCGUUCCCGGAAUUCCCCUUCUUUCGCCAAGCGUGCUGGCCCCAAUUUCGCCCCCUUCAAGGACCAUGCAUUGACUUUUGAGCGUUCUGACCCUCUAGCUGCGCUUCUUUUUAAUGUUUUUGCCGUGCCUUUGGACUGGGACCUUGGAGAAUCGGAACUUCGCCGGGAUGUCUGGUCUUCAACCUGCGCCAAACUUCUCUGUACCGGAGACUCGAAAUAUAAUCCCUUUGUCGGCCAUAUUUUCUCAUACUGGACCCUUUGCAGUGAUUGGCAAGCCCGCCCCAAAAUUGAACUAUACCUCAUGGACGUUCUCCAGAAGGGCGCAUUUCUCCUGGAAAAUAUCGAAGGCCCUGUAGCAAAUCCAUAUGGAGUUGAACCACCGGACCCUUUGAGAACCGAUGCUGCCGAGGAGUUCUUUGAGACUGCUGUGCAGACCCUGUUUGAAGUCCUGGAUGACUCCGAUGCCGGUCUUCCUUCUGUUGCCCUGGAGUUUGGCGAUGCUGUUCUGGCCAAAUUGGCCGACAUUGAGAGCAAGGACCGCUUUUUGGAGUAUCUGUUCGUUCAAUGGUAUUUCGCCAAGUUCUUGUACAGCGCCUUGACAUUCCCAGAGAGCCAUGGAUUGCUCCUUGACUUUCACCUUAGCAAGGAAGCUAGAGAGAAACUUUUAGCACAAAUCGCUCUUCGAGCCCAAUCUCAGAUCUAUCGGGUUCUCCAUUCUGUGCCACAAUUUUCUACCGUCCAUCCCAAGGUGAGGCAACAUGUUGAAAACAUACUCAAGACAUUUGUGUUGGCCUCCCAUAUAGUCCCGGAUACGGAAUCUUACCCUUCUGGCGCUUCAUCUCAUCUGGAUGGCGAUAUUCUUGGCUCCUCACGCUUCCUAAUGCUAUCUGCCGUGGAUGUUGUUACCCUGUUGAAUGCUGUGUUUCCAAAGUCUACUCAAAGCCACUCUAGCUCUCUUCCGUUCAACUCCCCCUAUACGGCUUUGAACAUUUCUCAAACUGGCGGUCCCAAGCGAGGAACUCUCCCUGCUCACUGGUCUGGAAGGAUUGAUACAGUCCUUGAGCAAUCAACACAAAGUCCCGUUUCACAGCAAUCCCCUCAGGUAGCUUCCUACAGUCGCAGUGCAGAUUUAAUUCGAUUUGAAUUAUCGGACCUAGGAGACACUGAUGACCGUCUUAUCUUGGAUAAUCCUUCCAUGGAUGAAUGGACCGCGCUGACCGUUUCAGAAGACAGCAAGUCAUUGAAUUGGGAUCCUUUAAAUACCAAUGACUCCAACAGCAUGUUUGAUGGCGUAUCUGAAGAUGGCCACCGGUCUGUUACCAUUCAUCCGGAAGAGAACCAUGAGGCACUCCAAAUUGCCAUUGUAAGGCUGGUCAAUGAAUCGGAAAAGAUGAAGCAAUCGGUCAGGGGCCGUGCCUCGGGUCUUCAUCAAGGUCGCAGUCUGUCACUAAAGAGCAGGUUUGAUAAUGCGCGCUCCGCGUGCGAAAAUCGAUCGGACUUCCUCGGAGCUCACUACUGGUGGACCGCAUCGUACCACCUAAGCCAAAGUCUCUCAAAACUUGCCAAGGCACCUCCGAAUGAUUCCUGGGUUCUCUCCCCCAUGUUGAAGUCGUCCAGUGACUCAUUCAUCAAAUGGACUACUGUGAUUGACGAUUGUGAAGAGAGUUUAUUGACCUUGACUCCCAUUGUCGCACAGCUGAAAGACUUUGCAAAGGAAAAUCUGACGCGUAUGACGAAACUCAGGAACAAGAUGUGGUACAUGACCGAUGUCAAGAACUCGAUGCGAUACGAAGACGCCAAACAUGUGGCCUUGGCCUUGAAGACCAUGGUAUACCCAAGCUUACACCGAGACCCCCCAACUGAUUUCCGCUCUCGCCACGGGUCUCGCUAUCUUCCUGGAGCGUUUUUGCAAAAGCCUGAGAUGCAUGUUAUGAACGUGAUGAAGGCCUCUAGUAGCCAGGGCGGCCCAAACAAGUUAAGUGACGAGCAGGUUGAGCUUACGCGAAAAUGGAUCAGCCAUCAUGGAAUCGACAAUUUCUGCCGUGGGGAAGAACGCAUCCACCGAUUCUGCUACGAGGUCAAGUCAAGCAUCAAUAAACUCGUUGGCGAUACCAUGGCAGAAACACCAGUUUUGUGGGCAAGCGAACUAUUUCAAAAAGAGCGCGCAAAGUUUGAGGGCCCCAAUAGCCGAAGCUUCCCUAGCAUUGCUACUACGCCUAGUGCCCGACCUUCCAGUAAUGGCAGUGAUGGUGCAUUGUUUACCACGUCAUUCCCUAGUUUAGGUUCUCGCACCACAGAGUCUUUCCGGUCCCAAGACAGCUCGCCAUUUAUCCAAAAAUUCUCCUACCAAACCCUAUCCUCUGAGAAAUGGAAGAGUACAAAGAAUCUUGAAGUUGACACCAUAUCGUCAUUGGGAGGAUCCUCCACCAAGGCGGCGUCAACCUCGACAAAUGACUCCUUCAGCACUUUCUGGUCACCAAUGCAAACGCAGGCUCAGUCUGCUGCGAGCGCGUCCAGUUUCCAAUCUAGACCACCAUCGAUGUUCAGUGAAGCGCCCACCCCGCGUCGUGCGGAACAUGUCGUCCAUGGCAAAACUGCUUUCCUAGACGAGCUUCGACAGACGCUGACCAGUCUCCUCCUAAGUGACUUGGGAUCUCCGGUGUGGAGCUGCGGCAGCGAGACGGACGCGUGGUUUAUGAACUUUUUAAACCAGAAGCGAGUCCAAGUACAGAUGAACAAAGAGGCUAGACUUCAAAAAUUCAUCGCCGAAUCUGAAAAUAAAAUCCACCGACGUACCGGCAGGCCGGUAUUUGGUCGGAAUUCGUUGCGGCAUCGAAGAAGCCAGUCGGCAGACCCAAUUCUGAUCAAUGAUCAGAUCUCGAAUGAUUCUUCGACCGAGUCAAAUGCGCACUCGUCGACAGCACAGCCGCCUAGUUCGACUUUUGCUUACAAGGCUGCCUUUGCCCAGUUACUUGAUGUCUUCUCUCGCAAUGCAAAUCCAUAUGUGAAACUAGAAUCGUUACGCGACCUCCGAGCCUUGGUCGUUGCAUCGUUGAACUCGGCUAAUGAAAUGCCGGCAGUGGCCAGCAGGGAGUCGAGAGGCCGCGAUCUGAAUACUGCUGAACGGCUCAAACUCAACAGGCAUAGUUUUGCCGCAGAUCUCACGCAGGAAGAUGUUUUGCGAACUCCAACAUCGCCAGUACCAGAUUCUGUUGAACUUGAGUCUCACACCCCAUACGAUCUCCUCAGCACAUCAGAAAGUCAGAUUAUCAAAACGAUGAAACUCCUACUACGGGAGCUACAGCCAAAGACGCUGUUCCGCGAUUUGCAAUUUAUAUCGGCUUUUGUUCCUAGCGAGACAUUGAACAAGACCGAUAGUGGAACGGCGUUCCUGCAGUUCGGUCUAGCCGCACUAUCGCUCAAGGACGAUGUUUGUGCCAGUAUGGUGGAAUUGGCCGACAGGAUUGUGUCCCAAGAACUUAACCGCCGCCAUCCUCAGGCCUUUGAUAUUAGCCCUCGUCCACAAGAUCCAAUCGAAGAUGCGGCAAGAAUGUGGAUUAUCACCGCCAAGGAGGGCAAUGCAGUAGCACAGCGCGAGCUUGGUAUCUUGUAUCUUACACACCCCGAAAUUCUACCCCGGGUAACUUACCCUCUUACUUUACCGCGAGACACGUUCAAGGCCGAGAUGAUGUAUCGGCGCGAUAGGGACUCGAAAUCGGACCCGCAAAGCAUGUGCUUGGCUCUGCACUGGAUGCAGCUGUCGGCUAACGGAGGGGACGAAUUGGCUAGGAAUCGUCUUCGUGAGCGCGAGGAGUUUGAGUCACUUGUUUGA